AACAGAAUAGUCCCCUUCUAAUUUGUUUAUCGACCACUAGUCUUACUUACUCCAAGGUACAGGCAGAUUCGCGAUACCAUGCCAUGUUUUUCUUUAUCCCCUAGAAGGAUUCUUACACCGAACAUGGCUUUUCAACCUGCCAAACCUGCCCUGAUUGCUAUUAAUGGUGUAAGCUAGGCUAUCUAUUAGGGGAAGGUAGGAAGGGUUACAGUCAAGAAUAGAGGGAGAACGCAGAGGUACCUGCAGCUUGGAUGUAACAUCAAAUCGGUAAAUAAACCCGUACCUAGAAUCCUAGAAUCCUAGAACCCUAGAUACUUAAUUGGAAUUCGAAUCAUGCAGGGGAUUCUCUCUUCUAAUCUUGGGCUGGGUUCAAGGUUGACCUAGGUAGCAAAAGCUUGACAUUUACUACCUGAAUCGCAUGCGACCUGCAUGAUUUUACAAUUUUAUACAGGGAUGUCUCAUACUUAUUAGAGCCUUCUACUUCCCAAGUCUCACGAGAGCUUUGUUCCCUUCCCUCCCCUCUCGACUUCUUACCUUCUCUCAAGGGGGUAAUUGGCUGGUAAUCGCUCUUUUUAUUGUAUUAUCGCUGUUCUGGAUAUCCUCCGCAGCUUACAAUGAGGUCUAUUUCAUUCAUUUGCGCGGCAAUCGCGCUGCUCCAGACUUCUGUCGAGGGUAAAGAUGUUGUUGUCGAGACUCUGCCAAGGGUACCAACCGGAUGGAAGAAAGUGAAGGACGCCAAUCCAAACCAAGAGGUCAAGCUACGAAUUGCUCUUGAACAACCUCACCUAGAUGAAUUCGAACAAACCCUCUAUGAUAUCUCUACUCCUCAGCACCCUCUCUACGGCCAACACUUGUCGCGUGACGAGGUUAGAGAAUUGAUGAAACCCAGAGAAGAAUCUACUGCUGCCGUGUUGGAAUGGCUUGAGGCGUCUGGCAUUCCCUCAUCAAAUAUCGAGAAUAAAGGGGAAUGGAUCAACUUCAAAACCACCGUGUUUAAGGCUGCAAACCUAUUAAACACCAAUUUCCAAGUCUAUAACCAUGUCGACACACAAGCUCGCCGUAUCCGCACUCUGCACUAUUCCGUCCCCGAGGAGGUCAGAUCUCAUAUCACCAUGAUUCAGCCGACAACCAGAUUUGGCCAGAUGAAACCCCAGGCUGCUGAAGUAUUCGAGGUAAUUGAACAGGGCGAGAUAGCCCAAUUCUUUCAGACUGCCGCUCAAAUUCCAACUAAGGAUUUGAAUGUUACUUUCUGUAAUACCACGGUCACCCCUGAAUGCUUACGGGCGCUGUACAACAUCGGCGAUACCAUUGCGGAUUCGAACGUCUCAACCAUUUUUGGAGUCUCUGGAUUCUUGGAAGAGUACGCAAAGCACGACGCACUAGACACGUUCCUUGAGCAGUUCGCCCCCUAUGCCCUAACCCAAAAUUUUACCACUAUCCUAGUCAAUGGCGGCAUUGAUAAUCAGACCGACACUGUCGACGAUGACAUUGAGGCCAAUCUAGAUAUACAAUACGCAUCGUCAAUUGGAUUCAACACAGAAAUCCGAUACUAUUCCAAUGGUGGCCGUGGCCCCUUAGUUCCUGAUCUUGACCAACCUGACCCAGCUACCGGAUCAAAUGAACCGUAUCUAGAAUACGUAUCAUACCUCCUAGACCUGCCUGACGAGGAGCUCCCUCACACUUUGACCACAUCGUACGGCGAGGAUGAGCAAUCGGUACCCAAGGAGUACGUCAAGAAAGUAUGCACCAUGUUUGGCCAAUUAGGAGCUCGUGGUGUCUCGAUUCUCUUUAGUUCCGGAGACACCGGCCCAGGCAGUGCAUGCCAAACCAACGAUGGCAAGAACACCACACGUCUCCUCCCCAUCUUCCCCGCUGCCUGCCCCUACGUCACAUCCGUAGGCGGCACAGUAGGCGUCGCCCCUGAGGCCGCCGUCUCUUUCUCAUCCGGCGGUUUCUCCGACAUAUUCCCCAUUCCCGAGUACCAGAAGUCAGCCGUUACCACGUAUCUCGGUACAAUCGGCGAAACCUUCUCCGGCUUAUACAACCCCGAAGGCCGUGGAUUCCCGGAUGUCUCAGCGCAGGGGCGAAACUUCAACGUCGUCGAACACCAGGGCCUUAUUAAGGUUGGCGGUACCUCGGCGUCGGCGCCGACUUUCGCGGCGAUCGUGAGCUUGCUCAACAAUGCGCGCAUCAAGAGCGGUCAGAAGCCCCUUGGUUUCUUGAACCCUUGGCUCUACAGCGAGGCUGCUAAUGGCGGUCUUACGGAUAUUGUGGAUGGGGGUAGCAAGGGAUGCACUGGUACUGAUAUCUACAGCGGCUUACCUGCGCCUUACGUCCCGGGAGCAGGUUGGAACGCGACCGAGGGUUGGGACCCAGUUACUGGGCUUGGAACCCCCUUAUUCGACAAGCUGUUGGAGAAGGCCGCCCCGGGCACCAAGCUACCGACUUUGAGCAGCUCCUAGAGGUGAGGAGGGAUCCCGUUGAGUGGGCAAAAUCAGUUCUUUGAUAUCUAUAGAUAAGCGGUUGGCCUUUGUUACUUAGUGUAAUAACCGAGAGUAUUGGAUAUUCAAGGAUGAGGUAUGCGACACUUACUCUGUAUACCUACUUGCAUUGCUGAAUAUAUUCUUUGCCGAUG